AUGUCGGACCACAAUCAACGUUUAAAACAAGUCAGCAGCCAGCAUGAGAUCAACGGAUACAAGUCUCAAGCCACCAACGGAUCCAGCAAAAAUUUCCAAAACGGGACGGUAACACCGUCCAGAGCAUCCGAACUAAAACGGCUCCUCAAUGCCACCUUGGAACAACUAAUUCCUUUCCUUCAACGAGCCGACGACGAGGUGCAGGCUCAUCAGCUCCAUCAACCCACAGACACCACUUCGCUCGUCGAAAGUCACCCACCGUCCGAACUACGGUCGAUCCUGUCACGAGAUGGGACGCUUUCACUCCCCGACGACGGCACGGGCCAGACGGGACUGCUCGACUCUCUAGCAUCGAUCCUGAAGUACAGCGUCAACACGUCCGCCCCGGGAUUUCUGGACAAACUCUACGCUGCACCGUUGCCGCCCGGCAUCGCCGCGGACUUGAUCCUGAGUGUCCUCAACACGAACCUGCACGUUUACCAAGUCUCUCCUGUCCUCUCGCUGAUCGAAACGCACGUCGCCAAAGCACUGGCGUCGUUGUUCGGCUUCACGGGCCCCACGGCCGGAGGGAUCAAUGUCCAGGGUGGAAGCGCGAGUAAUCUGACCAGCAUCGUGAUCGCGCGGAACUCGCUGUACCCCGAGACGAAGACGCUGGGCAACCACGCGGGCGGGCUGCGCCUCGUCAUGUUCACUUCCGAGCACGGGCAUUACAGCAUCGAGAAGGCGGCGCAGCAAUGCGGCUUUGGCACCGAGAGCGUCGUCUCGGUGCCCGUCGACCCCGUCACGGGCACAAUGGACCCGGUCAUGCUCGAGUCGUUGAUUGUGCGCGAGAAGGAAGUCAACGGAACCACCCCCUUUUACGUCAACGCCACCGCCGGAAGCACGGUUCUGGGUUCGUUCGACCCUUUCAUAGAGAUUUCGCGUGUCGCGAGGAAGUACGGGCUGUGGAUGCACAUUGACGGCGCCUGGGGUGGAAGCUUUGUCUUUUCCGAGACGCUGCGCGAAAGGUCGUUGCGAGGGUGCGAGCUGGCCGAUAGUAUCGCGACCAACCCGCACAAGAUGCUCGGUGUGCCCGUCACUUGCAGUUUCCUCUUACUCAAGGACCUGAGGAACGCUCACAGGUCCAAUACCCUGCGGGCGGGGUACCUGUUCCACGAUGAGGAGGAGGACAACACCAAUGGUGAUGGCUCUCGCAGCACAGACGGUGCUGAAGGUGAGGAAGAUGGGGCGUGGACGCCACCGGAGGAUCUCGCCGAUCUCACGCUCCAGUGUGGCCGACGAGGCGACAGUCUGAAACUCUUCCUCGCGUGGCAGUACUAUGGUACACUGGGAUACCGCACCAAGAUCGAGAACGCAUAUUCCGUCGCGUGCCACAUGGUGCAGCUUGUCGAGGCGCAUCCUGACCUGGUGCUCGUGAGCACGAAUCCGCCGCCAUGUCUGCAGGUGUGCUUUUAUUAUGCUCCAGGAGGGAAGAUGACGUUCGACCUGGAAGGUCAAGUGCAGGCCCGUGGUAGUGACCGCAUCCAAGUCGGCAAACGGAACUCGGCCAUCACCAGCCGGAUCACGCAGAGGCUGGUAUCUCGCGGGUUCAUGAUCGAUUUUGCUCCUGCGCUGAGCAACGCAGUCGAGAAGGGGUCUUUCUUCCGUGGCGUUGUGAAUAUUUCGACCACGAAAGGAACAGUCGAAAGACUGGUCGAAGAACUUGUCAGGGUAGGCAAGGAUGUUACGGAGGAGAGAAGACGGAAGUGA